AUGCGACCUAAAGAUUUACGCCAGGGCUCUGGCACUAAGACCUUUCUGGAUGCCAUGCACGGAGGCAAGGUUCACCUUGCACGCUUCAUUCUGGACGCCCUUGAUGGACGCAUUAUCAACUCAAAAACAGAGAACAGUCGCACUCCUCUCAUGCAUGCAGCUUGUUUACAGGAUCCUUCUUCUCGAGCUAAGUUUACUCAUCUGCUUUUGGACAGGGGGGCUGAAGUAAACUGCCAGGAUGAGGAUGGCCGCACAGCACUCAGCCUCGCUUGUGAGAUGGGUCACCUGGAUGUUGUGAAGCUUCUGGUGCAGUUCAAUGCUGAUCCGGACAUCUCGGACGUCUGGGGAAACAGUGCUCUCAUAUGUCCCAGGAGCCACUCGCAAGACAGCAACCAGGGCAACAGCUGGGGUCUACCUCCACAGAUUGACAAAUGCCAAAAUGAAACGGAUGAGAGUGUCCUUUUUGCUGCCAAACAACUGCAAAACUGCCAGCUCAGAGAUUCUAGGAUUACUAAAACACUGAACUCUGUCCCUGAAAUCAGCCAGAAAGAGGUCAGCAAGGGUAAUGCAGAGCCAAAACAAGCUCCAGAGACUUCAUCUGCCUGGGGAAAAGCCAAGUCAUUUAACAUGGAACUUGUGAGUGGCAGAAAGCAGUCAUAUCAGGGUGACAUCCGCGACUUGGGCCUGUCAGCCAGUAGAUUAAAGAGAGCCUCAUUGCAGGAUGAGAGGUGUCUGCUGGAUAAGAGGGACAUCCAAGGCAACUCUAAAACUCUUGCAAAAGAAGCUGACAUAACUGUGCCGAAGUGUCAGGUGAUGGAUACUGACACACCAGGCCUCCAGAGAGUGCAUCAGAAGAGAGGAAGCCUGGGCCCCCCCACCAGACACAACAAACUGCUGUUUGCCAGAGAUGACAUAGAUCCCGGUAAAGGUCCCAGCCGUGCACCUGGUUUUGUGGGGUUAGGGACCAGACUGCUGCGGAGAUUCACCGCUCCAGAGUUCAUGAAGACUGUCAUGGACUGCUCCUCUAGCUCCUCUCAGAACAGGAGCCGCAUCUCCCGCUCUGAGACCUUCCCGUUCUCACACACACACCAGCAGGUCAACAGCCAGCCCAGCGUGGACAGCAUCAGUGCAGUGAAGUGCGAGUUUGAGAGCUGCUCUUCUCAGAACCCACUUGAUUAG